UGCAAUGUCUGCAGCAUGCGAAACAUGAAUAUUUUCUUGUGAAGAAUAAACUUGAAACUUUGUUUAGGCUGGAGCAACAAAUCUUGGCAGCUGGUGGUACAGUUCCUGUCCUGUCUUAGGUGCUAAUAACAUUAACACAAGGCGAGAACAAAAAAUAAAGUAGGGGGUUUUGCUGCUGCAGAGUUUUUCAAGAUGUUUCAUGAGCUGCUUUGACUCCCUAGGUUCUAAUUGUUUAAGGUCGAAAGAAUUUCAUGUGAAUAACAUAUUUUACCAUCUUUGUUGCUUCAUUUUUUAUAGGCUUAUCGUUCUAUCUUAUUUUCGACUUGUAUUUCUUUGUUUUAUAAACUCAAUAUUAAUCAUAAUUCGUGUGCCGGGUGAUUGUUUAAAGCCAUUAUUAGGCAUUUGUAGAACUUGAGAUGACAAUCUUGUAAGCAUUAUAAAUAUAGGAGGAUUGUGUUUGAUGCCCAAA